GUGUAUAUGGCUUCCUGAUCUCAGAUAAUGAGAGGAAAUGAGAUCAUUGGUGCAGAGACUACGGAUUUCAGUCCAGAGCGCCAGCCUUCACUCCCCAAUCUGUAGUGUCCAUCUUUCCAUCUCCCUCCAGGCAGCGGUCAGCUGUGCUCCUGGAGCCCACAGACCCCACAGACCCCACCUGAGAUGCCUUCUUUUGCUUGCCGGAGCCUGCCUAUAACACUUCUUGCCCUGCUCUGCUGCCCAGGGUCCGGUGAGAAGGCCUUUGAUGUCUAUAUAUGGUCGGAGAAGCAGGUAGUAGAAGCCUGGGAGUCUUGGAAAGUCAACUGUAGCACCAACUGUGAGAACCCGAAAGUGGGCGGUCUGGAGACCACCAUGGACAAGAAAACGUUGGAAGAGCACCCUCAAGGGAAGUGGAAGCAGUUCUUAGUUUCAAAUAUCUCCAGUGACGCCAAACUCAUCUGCCACUUUACCUGUGCCGGGCAGCAGCGCUCAGAGCACCUCAACAUCACAGUCUUCCAGCGUCCAGCUGAGGUCACCCUGAGGCUGCAGCCUCCUCAAGUGAUUAUGGGUGACGCCUUCACCAUUGAGUGCACAGCAUUGGCUGUGAAGCCCCUCAAGAGCCUCACCCUCACAGUGCUCCGUGGCAGAGAGACCUUGCAGAACCAGACAUUUGGGGGAGCUGAACCUGAGGCCACCGUCAGAUUCAACAGCACAGCUCUAACAAAGGAUGGCCACAACUUCUCCUGCCAGGCUGAGCUGGACCUGCGGCCCCACGGCGGGUAUAUCAUCCGCAGCAUCUCAGAGUCCCAGAUCCUCGAAGUCUUCGAGCCUGUACAGGACAACCAGAUGGUCAUCAUAAUCGUAGUGGUGUCAAUACUGCUGUUCUUAUUUGUGACAUCCGUCCUACUCUGCUUUGUCCUCGGUCAGCACUGGCACAGGAGGCGGACAGGCACCUAUGGGGUGCUAGCUGCCUGGAGGAGGCUGCCCAGAGCCUUUCGGCAACGCCCCAUGUGAGCUGGUGUUGCUAGGGCCCUGGUGGCUACUGGAACUCAAAUGGGGCCUUCAGGGUGUGGUCCAGCUGAGGACUGUGGCAGCGGCACAAGACUCUGGGGACGUUUCCCUUUCUAGCUUCAAUACAAGUACCUGGAUUUCA